AUGGAAAAUUUAUACAGUAACGGUCAUUUAUCAUAUUUUCUUUUAGGUGAUUCAGGAUACCCACUAAGAUCUUGGCUUUUAACACCACUAAGUGAUCCAACACCAGAUUCUCCUGACGUUCGUUAUAAUAAUUGGCUUACAAGUACAAGAUCAACAAUCGAAAGGUGUAAUGGUAUUCUUAAAAUGCGCUUUAGAUGUUUACUGAAGCAUAUAGUUUUGCACUACCACCCAGAGAGAGCUUCAAAAAUUAUUAUAGCAUGUAUCAUUCUCCAUAACAUGUGUAUUAACGAUAACAUACCUGUACCAAUAAAUGAACCUGAUGAUCCAGUAAAUAUUGACUUUGGAAUGUAUGAUGCACAAGUUAUUCCUGAUCCUAUAGUAGGUCAACAAUUAACAAUUGGUCGUCGUAUGCAACAACUGGUCAUACGUUCAUAUUUUACAAGACGUUAA